GAUCCAGUCAAGCGUCUUCUUGCAGCACCGUCUGUCAAGCUCCUGCAGCCAGGCAGUUGCGACCAUCUAGCCGACGUUCAUCCGGGGGAAGGUGCCAAGAGUGACGGAAGUCCAAGUCGCAGUUUACUGGCAAGCACCAAGGCAAGCAAAGGUCAAGGAGCACUCGUCUGUUCAUCAACAUCACUUGACCUUCUCUUCCUCGACUCAUAAAAGCGCUUGCUGCCCGACCUCUAUUCUUCCCUCCUUCUCCAGCACCGCGGCAAAACGAAUUGAUCAUCAACCUAUACGACGCGCCUAAGCCGCCGACAAGACAGCUCUCACCAACACAUCGCGAACCGCAAUCGACAUGACGACCGCCAACUUGUUUGAUCUCGACGCCGAGCUCGGCACCGACGAAGACGAGGACUUUGAGGAGGGCGAGGAGGCGCCCCGCCCCAGAAAGCAAAAGGCCCCUGGAAACAUCGACGACUCCAGCGAGGAGGAAGAGGACGAUGACGAGGAAGCCGAAAGAGAAAUUCGUGAAGGAUUCAUAGUAGAUGAAGACGAAGAAGAUGAUGGGGAACGCCGUGAGCGCCGUCGCGAAAGGAAGAAGCGUAGAAGAGAAGAGCGCGAGGCUGAGGAUGCUCUGCUUGAUGAGGAAGAUCUCGACUUGAUUGGCGAGACGCAUCCAGACUACCAACGCCGUCAAGAGGAACAGAAGAGCAAAUUCAAGCGACUGAAGCGUGGUCAUCGCGAAGACCGAGAUCGCAACGAAGCGCGCGGCAUCGACGACAUCUUUAGUGACGAUGAAGAGAUGGCCGACGCUGAUGGCCGAGCCUACGGCCGCGAACCCAGAGCAUACGCAGACGAAUUCGCCGACUUUAUCGAGGAAGAUGAAUUCCCAGACGAGGAGCGCGAAGCCAUGCGCGAUGCUGCUGAAGUUCGACGACCAGGCAGAGGCUUCGUCGACCCACUUCGCAUGCAGAGUGGCCUGGAUGAAUCUGCCCAGGAAGAUAUGAUGGCCGCCUUUGGUGACGGUACUGAAUACGACUGGGCACUACAGCUGCAAGAGGAGGGUGAUGAGAACCAAGACGGUCUGGACAAACCGCUCGAACUCAAGGAUGUUUUCGAGCCGUCUCAACUGCAGGACAGGAUGUUGACAGAGGCCGAUAAUAUCAUUCGCAACACGGAUGUGCCCGAACGUUACCAGCUUGCUCGCCAGCCUUUCAAGGAGAUGAACUUGUCCGACGAGGAGAUGACGGCUCGUAUGCAAGAAGAGACACAUUGGAUUUCCAACUUCCUGCUUCCCAAGAAGCGUCUGGAUCGCGAUCUGGUCGAGCCCUUCCGCGAGGUUGUUGGUCAUGUCUUGCGCUUCAUGAACGUUGAGGAACUCGAAAUCCCCUUCAUCCUUCACAAUCGCAAAGACUACCUCAUCCACGAAGAGCGCGUCCCUCUUUCACCCAACCAGAACGACCCAGAUGCUCCCCAACACGAAAUCAAGGCUUCAAGGCUGUUGCAGAACAGCGACUUGUGGGAGAUCUACGAAUUGGACCUCAAAUACCGAGCCUUUGUCGAGAAGCGUGAGGCCUUGUCAAGGUCCAUCGAAAGCAUCCGCGAUUCAAUGCCCGACUCAAACGAUGACAUCUUCAACGACAUGAUUCCGGUCGCAGUUACCAUGGAGGAGCUGCAAGACGUUCAGGACUAUCUCCACUUCCAAUACGCCGCCCAACUCAAGGACACGACUGUCUACGAUCAGGAAACCAAUGGUACACAGAAAAGAGCAAGAGGCACGCGCAAUAUCUGGGACAAGGUUCGCGCUGGACAGGCAUACCACAUGGUCAGAGCAUUCGGCAUUUCUGCAGAUGCUCUGGCGCAAAACGCUCUCAAGCUUGGCACGAGGCAGUACACCGAGGACCCUGCCGAGAGACCCGACGACAUGGCUGACAAGUUGGUGGACGGAUCAGAGUAUUCGAACAGCCAGCAACUGCUUGCAGCUGCAAAGGCCAUGUUCGCAGAAGAGCUCGCGCAAAGCCCUCGUAUGCGAAAGCUGUUGCGCCAGAACUUCUACAUGGACGGUGUGUUCGACUGUUUCCGCACCGAAAAGGGUUUGCGAAGAAUUGACGAGGAACACCCAUACUAUGAGUUCAAGUACCUCCGCGGAAAGGAUCUGAGAUCGAUUGUCUCCAAGCCGGAGCUCUUCUUGCGUAUGCUCAAGGCUGAAGACGAAGGUCUUGUUGAUGUCCGUGUUCGUAUUGAGUACUGGGACGGAUUCAAGGACAGCCUCUACAAGAACAUCAUGUCCGACAACUUCAGUGAGCUUGCUGAUGCCUGGAACGCUCUACGUAGGGAAACUCUGGACAUGGCACUGGAAAAGCUUACUCGCGUCAUCGUUAAGGGCGUCAAGGAGAACCUCAAAACCGAGUGUGAGGCACAAAUUGCCCGCGCUUGCAGGGAGGAAUACGCCAACAAGCUCGAUCAAGCUCCUUACAAGCCUCGUGGUAUGGUUCUUGGUACCACCCCUCGUGUUUUGGCUCUCUCCAACGGUGCAGGCAAGCGCAACGAUGCCAUAUGUUGGGCUUAUGUCGAUGAAAACGGUCGUUUGCUUGAGAAUGGCAAAUUUGUCGAUAUUCGUAUGGGCAACAAGGAAAAGUUCUUGCCCGAUGGUGCCGAUGUUGGCGCCUUUGUUGAUCUCGUCGAACGCCGCAAACCUGAUGUUGUCGCUGUUUCUGGUUUCUCGGUCGAGACUCGUAGACUUUACAAGGACCUUCAAGAAAUCAUCGAGAGCAACGACCUUCGUGGUACACCAUACGAAGAAGAGGAUGGCUCUGAACAGAGCGACAAGCUUGAUAUUGUCAUCACCAACGACGAAGUCGCUCGUCUCUACUACACCAGCGACCGAGCGACUGCCGAACACCCCACCGUCCCUCCGCUCACCAGAUACUGUAUCGCUCUUGCCAGAUACAUGCAGAGUCCGCUUAAGGAGUACGCUGCUCUCGGUCGCGACAUCACAUCGAUCUCUUUCACGCCGAACCAAAAUUUGAUUCCUCAGGAGAAGGUCUUGAAGCAUCUGGAGAUGGCAAUGAUCGAAACCGUGAACUUGGUUGGUGUAGACAUCAACGAGGCUGUCGCCGAUACCUACACUGCCAACCUUUUGCAAUACGUCGCCGGUCUUGGUCCCCGCAAGGCAGCACAUCUUCUCAAGGUUAUCAACAUCAACGGUGGUGAUCUCAACACUCGUAUGGAGCUUGUUGGCGAUAUUGAUGCAGGCAAGAGACCAUCCGUCAGUGGUGCCAAGAUUUUCGAAAACUGUGCCAGUUUCUUGUUUAUAACAUACGAUGAUUCUGAGCCAGACUCUGACUACUUGGACAACACCCGUGUGCAUCCUGAAGACUACGAAACGGCAAGAAAGAUCGUGGCAGACACACUCGACAUGGAUGAAGAGGAUGUCAAGGCUGAGAUUGAUGAGGCUGGUCCCAACGCUGUUGUCCGCAAGCUCAUCAAGGAUGAUGCCCAAGACAAGCUGAACGACCUUGUUCUCGACGACUAUGCUGAGGAGAUUCUUCGCAAGAUUGGUCUCAAGAAGAAGGCUACCUUGGAGCUGAUCCGUGGUGAACUUCAACAACCAUACGAAGAGCUUCGCCGCAGCUUCUACCUGCUGUCAACAGAUGAGGUCUUCACCAUGCUUACUGGAGAGACCAAGGAGUCGUUGACCACUGGCAUGAUCGUGCCUGUGUCGAUCAAGCGUACCUUCCCUGAUCACAUCGAUGUCAAGCUGGACUGUGGUAUCGACGGAUCUGUCAACGAGCAAGACUUCCCUGCUGGUGUUGGCAAUGGUGGUGCCGAGCCUCGCCAUGUCUGGCAAACCCACCAGACUGUCCAGGCCAAGCUUCUCGAGAUCGAACCCAAGCGCUUUACUGCACGUCUCUCGCUAAGAGAAGACGACCUGCGUGAGCCCUUCCGUCGCGAAUUCGACCACGAGCCUGGUCAAUGGGACGAACAACAAGAAGCUCAAGACCGUAAAGACGCCAUGCAAGAGAAGGAUGCCAAGACAGGGAGAGCACAGCGUGUCAUCAAGCACCCUCUAUUCCGUCCUUUCAACUCAGCACAAGCAGAAGAAUUCCUGGGAUCACAAGCACAGGGUGACGUUGUUAUCAGACCGUCAUCAAAAGGACUCGACCACUUGGCGGUCACCUGGAAAGUAUCAGAAAACGUCUUCCAACAUAUUGACGUACUGGAACUGGACAAGGAGAACGAAUUCUCGGUGGGCAGAACACUCAAGGUUGGCGGUAAAUACACCUACUCCGAUCUCGAUGAGUUGAUCGUGCUUCACGUCAAGGCAAUGGCCAAGAAGGUUGAUGAAAUCAUGACGGACGAGCGCUUCCAAAAAGGCUCGAGAGAAGCUACCAACGAAUGGCUCAACGCCUACACGGAAGCCAACCCUAUCCGCUCAAUGUACGCUUUCUGCAUCAACCCCAAGUACCCCGGCUACUUCGACCUAUGUUUCAAAGCUGGCGCUUCAGCAAAGGUUGCUGCUUGGCCUGUCAAAAUCAUCCCCAACGCGUUCGAGCUCCAACGUCAUCCUUACCCCGACAUGCGCGCACUCAAGAACGGCUUCAAACUGCUGUUCUCGAAGGCGAAGCGAUAGAAAAGCGCAGGUGCCGGCUUGUUGACGAAAGAAUCUUCGGGCGCCGCAUCAUAGGCUCGAGAAUGCUGGGAUAUUUCAACUAGCAUCGAAAGCAAUGAGAGAAGGGUGAGUUGAAGUAGGAGAAGGGAUUCUAUGAAUCCUGACCAGGGAGUGGUAUCAAGAAGAUUUCGGAGCGCUUUGCGCGAUGGAUAGUGCAAGCAAGAUGACGCUUGAGAAUUAUCAUUCAAGCCCUCAAAAGU